AUGUCGAACUCUGGUGGACGAUUUGCACCUUACCGCAAUGCUCUCACCGCGAUUUCUGCGAGGACGGGAGCACCAUUACCCUCUCUCAUAUUCUCAUUUGCCAUCCUUCAUGAAUUAACUGCCAUCGUUCCCACCGUAGGGAUUUUUUACACGGCGCGUAGUCUUGGUGCUGGUGAACGCGUCGUCGAUGCUAUUGCUCUCGACCGAGAUGGCUCUGCCCAUGAUGAUCGGUCUUGGGUGAAUGCCCGGCUGAGAACUUGGGUUGAUGAAGGCGAGCAGUGGGCUGGUCGUGUCGGACGUCGAUAUGGUGUCUUUGGCUUUGAAAAAGGCCAGCUUGUCGAUCAGACCCAGACGAGCCAGUUGGGUGGGAAGCUAGCAGGGGACGUCGCAAACGCUGUGUUAGCUUAUGGUGCAGUCAAGGCGCUUUUACCCAUCCGCAUUGGACUAUCAUUAUAUCUUACUCCGAUGUUCUCUCGCACAGUCGUAGAACCAAUCCGAUUAGGUGGGCUUCGUCUGUUAGGACGUAGGUCGAAAUCUAUGUAG